AUGCUCCAGUUGCUUAGGAUAGAACACGGCAUCCGCCUACGGAAAGCUGUCAUUGCCCAUGUCAAUGGACCCGUUGGGUCCUGCGGAGAGCGAGCGACCACUCCUACUCCAGCCGGUUCAACCAUCAGCAUGCUCGCCGUCAAAAUCGACACUUUACAAUUGAUACCUUUAUUUCAAGGCGGAAUGCCCAUCAUCUUUGAACAGGCUGAAGAAUUGGCCAUUAGGAUUCCUGUUCACCAAGGACAUUCUGCAGCCAUCGUUGAAUAG